GAAGCCCAAAAUCCGUUACUCUCCAAACCGAAACCAUUACCUCUCUCUCUCUCUCUCUCUCUCUCUCUCUCUCUCGCUGGAUAUCCAUGUUCUAGGUCGGUUGAGCUCGAACAACUCCGAGUAUACUCGACCAUGAAAUCAAGUCGUCGACUAUUCGAAACCCUAAUUGGAAACAAGAACAACAACGGCAUUGCCCAGCAAAAGAUUCGAUGGUACUACACUAACAGGCAACAGACCCUGUACUCGAAGAUCAGUCCGAUGGGGGACCCUGGCACCAGCGUCACCCCAGAGCUCGACGCCUGGCUCGAGAAGGGCAAAAAGGUCCGAGUCGCUGAGCUCAUCCGCCUCCUUCACGACCUCCGCAAGCGCAAGCGCUUCUCCCAUGCCCUCGAGGUUUCUGAGUGGAUGAAUAAGAGAGGUAUUUGUGCAUUCUCACCAACUGAGCACGCCGUGCAGUUGGAUCUGAUUGGAAAGGUCCAGGGAAUUCAUUCUGCGGAAACCUAUUUUAAUAACUUGAGGGACCAAGAUAAAACAGAUAAGACAUAUGGUGCUCUCUUAAAUUGUUAUGUCGGACAUCGCCGAAUUGAGAAGUCCUUGUCUCAUUUUCAGAAAAUGAAGGAGAUAGGUUUUGCUUCGUCUGCGCUCACAUACAAUGGCAUCAUGUGCCUGUAUGCAAAUAAGGGUCAAUAUGAAAAGGUCCCAGAUAUCCUAAAAGAGAUGAAGAGGAACAAAGUUUCCCCUGACAAUUUCAGCUACAGAAUCUGCAUCAACUCAUAUGGAGUGAGAUCGGACAUUGAAGGAAUGGAAGAGAUAUUGAAGGAAAUGGUGAGCCAUCCCCACAUUCUGAUGGAUUGGAACACAUAUUCAGUUGUGGCAAACUUUUACAUCAAGGGAGGUCUAAAAGAUAAGGCAAUUGAUGCCAUGAGAAAAUGCGAAGAAAGACUAAGCAACAAAGAUGGUUUGGGCUAUAACCAUUUGAUUUCAUUCUAUGCCCGUCUUGAGAAUAAGGAUGAAGUCUUGAGGUUAUGGGAUCUUGAGAAGAGUUCUUGUAAGAGGUGUAUCAAUAGGGAUUAUAUUACCAUGUUGGAAUCCCUAGUGCGGAUUGGUGACCUCAACGAAGCUGAGAAAGUGCUGAAGGAGUGGGAGGCAUCUGGUAAUUGUUUUGAUUUUCGAGUACCAAAUACAAUUGUAACUGGGUAUUGCGAAAAGGGUUCUGUUGAGAAAGCCGAGGCAAUGCUUUUAGACUUGAAAAAAGGGGGAAGGACUCCAACCCCAAACAGUUGGGGCAACGUGGCAGAAGGGUACCUAAAUAAGGGAGAAAUGGUGAAGGCUAAGGAUUCCAUGAAGGUGGCUCUCUCUCUAUUUGUGGGAAGUAAAGGGUGGAAGCCCAAUCCUAAAGUGCUUUCCGUCAUAUUGAGCUGGCUUGGUGACAAUGGGGACAUCAAAGAUGUAGAAGAUUUUGUGGGUUCUUUGAGGAGAGUUGUUACGAUGGAUAGACUGAUGUAUCAUGCGUUACUCAAGUCAAAUAUUAAAAGUGGGAAAGAAGUUGAUGAGAUUCUGAGCAGCAUGAAGGCUGAUAAAAUAGAUGAAGACGACGAAACUAAAGAGAUCCUUGGCCUGAGGCAUAAUGAAACUAACUGAUCUGGUCCUUGUUGCUUUGCUUUAUCGGAGUUUGAUGACAUACUUUUCCCUCGCUAAGGGUUGGAGGCCCCAGUCAUCGUUUCUGUUGUCCGAGAUGUCCAAGGCAUUCAUAAUAAUAAGAAACCAAGGGCAUUCAUGGUGAAUCAGAUAUUACUACGGUCGAGUUUCGUCUUCAUCACCCUAGUCAAACUGUUUCUUGGGCUUCCAAUAUAGUAGGGCUGCUAAACGAACUAAGCUACUCGGGUUUGAGCUCGUGGUCGUUUGUUAAAAGCUUGUUCAAUAUUGGCCUGUUAAUAUAUAUACCAAGCUUGAACAUUUUUUUGAAGCUCGUUAAGAUUUCAAACCAAGCUUGAACAAACUAUUACUUGGUUCGUUUGGCUUGUGUUUGGCUUGAUUAAAGCUUGUUUGAGAUCAGCUCGUCUUAUAAGCAAGCUAAGUUUAAACAUAUUUUUGAGGCUCGUUAAGUUUUCAAAC